UUCCGCUUAUUCCGGAAGUGAAAGCCCCUAAGCUCCUCCGCCGGCGGAGGGCCAGGGUGGAAGGAUGGCCGGGCGGACUGCGCGGCUGGUACUGCUGGCUGGAGCAGCCGCGCUAGCAAGCGGCUCCCAGGGCGACCGCGAGCCAGUGUACCGCGACUGCUUGCUCCGGUGCGAAGAACGGAACUGCUCGGGGGGUGCACUGAAGCACUUCCGCUCCCGCCAGCCAAUCUACAUGAGUCUAGCAGGUUGGACCUGUCGGGACGACUGUAAGUAUGAGUGUAUGUGGGUCACCGUUGGCCUCUACCUCCGGGAAGGUCACAAAGUGCCUCAGUUCCAUGGCAAGUGGCCCUUCUCCCGGUUCCUGUGCUUCCAAGAGCCAGCUUCUGCUGUGGCCUCUUUCCUCAAUGGCCUGGCCAACCUGGUGAUGCUCUGUCGCUACCGCACCUCCGUGCCAGCCUCCUCACCUAUGUACCCCACCUGCGUGGUCUUCGCUUGGGUCUCCCUCAAUGCUUGGUUCUGGUCCACAGUCUUCCACACCAGGGACACCGACCUCACAGAGAAAAUGGACUACUUCUGUGCCUCCUCCGUCAUCCUGCACUCAGUCUAUCUCUGUUGUGUCAGGACCGUGGGACUGCAGCGCCCGGCCGUGGCCAGUGCCUUCCGGGCCCUCCUGCUGCUCAUGCUGACGGCGCACGUCUCCUACCUGAGUCUCGUCCGCUUCGACUACGGCUACAAUAUGGCCGUCAACGUGGCGAUGGGCCUGGUGAAUGCAGCAUGGUGGCUAGCCUGGUGCCUGCGGAACCACCGGCUGCCGCACGUGCACAAGUGCGUGGCGGUGGUCCUGCUGCUGCAGGGGCUGUCCCUGCUCGAGCUGCUGGACUUCCCGCCUCUCUUCUGGGUCCUGGAUGCCCAUGCCAUCUGGCACAUCAGCACCAUCCCCGUUCACGUCCUCUUCUUCAGCUUUCUAGAAGAUGACAGCCUCUACCUGCUGAAGGAGUCAGAGGCCAAGGUCAAGCUGGACUGAAGGUCUCAGAAGCGGAUCUGCCCUCUUGAGAAUCCUUUCUGUCCCUGCUGGCUCCCCUUCUCCCCCGAAGUCCUUGAGAUGAUUUGUUUUCCUUUCAGCAUCUUGAACUUGGACAUGAAGGGUGUGGGGCCAGAAUCAUGUAACCUGCCCACCCCUUGCUCAGCCCCCACAUGACCUCUACAGGUCUUGGCCUCCCAGCAGACCUGGCCUUAUAAUAUCUGGGGCUAGAAAAUGGGCAACCCCUCUGGUCCCUGGAGCUGAGCUGGACUGGAACUGUGUUCUUAGCUCCACCGAGAGGAGGCUGUCUCUCCGUCCCUGUCAGCCUCCUCCUCACAACCCCUCACUGCCAGGGUGGUUCCCAGCACCCUCUGCCUGGUUGGGAGAGCAGGUACCACAGCCUUUGGGGAUACAGUGAGGCCCCUUCUGUUACCCCCAUGCCUCCCUCGGGGCACCGCUAGGUGGCAGUAGACGCUUGCUCUUCGGCUGCCCAAGUUUCCCAGCAGAUCUCAUGGGAUCUAGAGGAAGUAAGCUGUAGGGAUUGGGGGGCAGUCUCACUCAGCCUUGCCCCAGUCAGACCCCCGGGAGGCCUCACCACGCUCCCUCUUUGGAGCCAGGACCCCAGAGAGCGUAGGACAGGAAUCCCUGUGGCCCCUGAGCUGCUGUUCUGGUUGGGAGCCCACACAUGAAUGUGUGAGGGAGACCGAGUGUGUAGGUUGAUGGGGUGGUAGACACAGAUCUGGGGUGUGUGGGAUGCCGGGUGGGGUGGUGAGCACUGGCCUUGUCGCAGGGCAGAAAGUGUGGAUGUGUGUGAGUGGUUCUGAAGUGUGUGUGUUGGAGGGCAGGUGGUUAGUGUGGGUUAGGGGACUGUGCAGAGACUGAACGUGAGUGCAAGGGAGUGUGAGUAGGGGUGGGGGGGACCAAAUCAUGUGGGCAACCAUUGGCCGAACACCAGCUCUGCACACGGCGCAGGCCAGGCAGAGAGCCAGGAUGUCCUCAAGCGCUGGCAGGGGUAAGGGUGUCCAGGCUGCAUGUGUGUAUAUGUGUUCCUUUCUUUUGCACUCCCUCUCUUUACAAACCUCAUAGGGCUGCCACACAACUCAAGAACUCAAUCACCCCCAGAAGCAGCCCCUUGGGAGGCAGAGGGAGGAAGGAAAAUGGGGAUCCUCCUUGCCUAGACAUAGUUCGCCAUCCCCUACUGCAGCGCCCUGCCUGCUAAGCCCCUUUCCCACUUCCUGACCCAGGGUGAGGGGGGUAGUAAGGGGCAAUCUGGGGGAAGGGGGGAGAAGACCGUGGCUGGCUGUGGUCUCUGGUCUUCCCAGAAGCAGGCAGGGGCAUUGCUGUGCCUAUGCCGUGGUAAAGGUGACCCCUGCCAGCUGCCAGCAGCCAUAGCACAUUCCUGCUCCACGCGGAUAGACCGUGGAGCUCCAGAAACUUUCCAUCCUACGGCCGUCUCUGAUUGGAGCAGGGAGUCUGCUCCUCUUCCCUCUGUGGGGAUAAGGGCACUGAGCUAGGACUCCAACCUCAGGGACUUGGGUGGCCUGCGUUAACUUCUUUUGAUACUAAGAACUAUUUUAAGGUGAGGAGGGUGGCAAGGGACAUUCUUAAUAAACCAACUCUCAGCCUCA